CUCCGCUGAAAUAAAUACCACUUUGUUCCUUUCAUUCCGUCCUGACACAUUGAGUGAGGAACAAUUCAGCUACAUUUUCUCCACAGCGCUACCAUCAAGAACAUUCAACAUGACCCACCAGUUUCCAUCUCUCUCUCCGGAGCAGAAGAAGGAGCUUGCCACAAUUGCCCAGCGCAUUGUAGCUCCUGGAAAAGGCAUCCUUGCUGCAGAUGAAUCCACAGGGACAAUGGCAAAACGUUUUCAGAAGAUUAAUGUGGAGAACACUGAAGAGAACCGCCGUAGCUUCCGUGACCUCCUCUUCUCUGUAGAUGCUUCCAUCUCUGAAAGUGUGGGUGGUGUCAUCUUUUUCCACGAAACACUGUACCAAAAAUCAGACAGCGGGGUUCUUUUUCCAAAAGUCAUCAAGGAUAAGGGCAUUGUAGUUGGCAUCAAGGUGGACAAAGGCACAGCAGGUCUGAAUGGAACGGAUGGCGAGACAACCACACAGGGUUUGGAUGGUUUAUCUGAACGCUGUGCCCAAUACAAAAAAGAUGGUUGUGAUUUUGCCAAGUGGCGUUGUGUGCUUAAGAUCUCUAACAGCUGCCCGUCUGACCUGGCCAUUGCUGAGAAUGCUAAUGUUCUAGCCAGAUAUGCCAGCAUUUGCCAACAGAAUGGUCUGGUGCCAAUUGUAGAACCCGAGAUCCUCCCAGACGGAGAUCAUGAUCUGCAAAGAUGCCAGUACGUUACUGAGAAGGUCCUGGCAGCUGUAUACAAGGCGCUCUCAGACCACCAUGUGUAUCUGGAGGGAACUCUGCUCAAACCAAACAUGGUUAUGGCUGGACACUCCUGCACCAAAAAGUAUACUCCACAGGAGGUUGCCAUGGCAACAGUAACUGCUCUCAGACGCACAGUGCCAGCUGCUGUACCAGGCAUCUGCUUCCUUUCUGGUGGCCAAAGCGAGGAAGAGGCCUCUCUGAAUCUGAAUGCUAUUAACCAGACCCCUCUGCCCAAACCCUGGAAGCUGACAUUCUCAUUUGGCCGUGCUCUUCAGGCUUCAGCUCUUGCUGCGUGGAAGGGACAAGCAGCGAACAAGAAGGCUGCACAGGAGGCCUUCGUCACACGUGCCAAGACCAAUGGUCUGGCAUCAAAAGGCGAAUACAAACCAUCCGGCCAGGCUGGCCAAGCAUCAACACAGUCUCUCUUUACUGCAAGCUAUGUCUACUAAACUGAACAACAAAUCAAUAUGCCAGCAUACAGUGGACAUUUUAGAUGCAAAAGUUGUAUGCAAAGAUUCCAGAUGACACUGCCUUGAUGUGAUCUAUAAAUGCAGCUUCUACCUGAAAAUGACCAAAGAUGUCAAUCAUCAUGACUGGAUUUAAACAACCCUGACCGGUUAUAUGCAUCGGUUUUUAUGCAUAUGCACCGGCUAUUGUUUUUAAUUUUGGAAUAAAUGAAAAAAAAUA